AUGAAGCUCAUUCUUCUGGUUUUGACUGUUAUCCUGCCACUGGCUCAGGUCCACAAAGCCAUGAAGUGUUGGAAAAAAUUGGGAAUGUGCAGAAUCACCUGUGAAGAGAAUGAAGUAUUCUACAUAUUAUGCAGCGCUGAGGCUAAGUGCUGUGUGAAUCCGAAGUUCGUGUCUACCAACGUUAAAUACUGA